AUGGAAGACUCAAGAUGUCUCACAGACACACACUCUCCUUUCGCCAUCGACGUGUUUAGAGACCAACAAUCAUCUGAGUUCCACCAUGGUACUCAUGGUACUCCAGCAGAUCCUACGAUCGCCACGGUGUCUUCAGAUUUAGAAGCUCUGCUGCCUGCGUCCUACCACACCGCCGACAACAAACAGCUCGAGAUCCCGCACCUCUACUCGGCAGCGCACCUGCAGGCCGAGCUGGGCAUGGCCCAGCUCGACGGCUUCUCGCACUGGUUCUGGCUGCUCAGCUCGCCAGACCUGCCCCGGCCUCUGCACGACUGCGCCUUUCUGGGCCGCCGCAUCCGCGUCACGGAGAGCAUGGACCGCCAUCUCGGCCUCGACAAGACCAACCAGCUCUACCUCAAGCCCAUCCCGCGCCUCAUCCUCGACCCGCGCUUCUGGACAGACGUCCUCCCCACCGCCGUCCCCUGCUCCUGCCCUCUCUCAUGCGAGCAGGAGGAAGACCCCAAGCAUCCGACGCAGGCCUCUGCCCGACAGACGACUGGCACCGCCAACACCACCGCAGAGGACAUCGAGCCCUGCGCCCGCCGCCGCCUGCGCUCCUGCGCCCUGGGCCUGCUCUACUCGUACGCCGCCCUCGUCUCGCACGAGUCCGACUUCCACCUCGCGCGCCGGCACGACCUGCUCCCCGCGGAGCUCUGCUGGCAGGCCUGGCGCGCCCUCGUCGCCCAGCUGCUCGCCGACGGCGGCAUCCGCGACCGUGUCCACCGGCGCUUCCUCUACGGCGAGCUGCGCCUGCGCCGGCUGCGCGAGAUGGGCCAGCUCUGGCGCGGCGGCGUGCUGCGCGUCGUCGUGGGCCGGCUCGACCGCUUCGCCGGCUUCUUCCAGGACAACGUGCGCUGGCUGGCGUCGCUGGUGGCCUUUAUCGCCGUCGUGCUGUCGGCGCUGCAGGUCGGGCUCGAGGUCAAGGCGCUCGAGGACGACCCGGCCUUCCAGGCCUUCUCGUACGGCUUCACCGUCUUCUCGCUCGUGGGGCCCCUGGGCGUCAUGCUGGGCUUCGGCAUCUACUGGGGCCUGUACGUGCCGUACUACCUGGCGCUGAACCUGCUUGCUGUCAGGAGGGGGGAGAAGAGGGCGAGGAAAUCACUGCGGGAGAAGGGGGCCGAUGAUGUGUAA